UCCCCUUCACGCUAGAGUGUGACCUGGACCCUGAAAUAAUAGUAUCUCUAGAGUCCAGGACAUUCCGUGUCUCUCAAGGACCUCAGAGGCUUUCUUUUGUCUCUCUCGGCUUGCCUUCCUCCGCGUCUGUUUCUUCUCUGUUGCUCUAUCUUUUACGGUCCGUGUCUCCCCCUCCCUCCAGCUCUCUGACCACUUGUUUCUCCCCAGCCGCCUCACUUCCCAGUCUCUAGUCCUUGUCAUGCUUUUCCUUUACAGAGUCUGCCUGGCCGUCCUUAUGUGUCUGUCUCCGUGUCUCUGGAGAGACUCUCUCUUAAACCCAUUUCCCGUCAUGUGCCUCUGCGGAAAAGCUCCAGAAUCAGAACCUUGACCAUUCAUGAUAGAGGAGGCUAAUAAAUUUCAGACACUGAUUACCCCUGCAUUUCCGAGACCCACACAUUUCACUAAGACCCACACGGACUCCCCGCAGCUUUCACAGAUGGAGGUCUCUGCGCCCAUCCCCACGGUCAACCGCUCCUCAGUGCUGGAGUUCGUGCUUCUGGGGGUCACUGACAAGCGCGGGCUCCAGCUCCUCCUCUUCGGGGUCCUUCUGGUCACCUACACGCUGACCUUGCUGGGCAAUCUGCUCAUCGUCGCCCUCACCUUGGCAGACCGUCGCCUGCACACCCCGAUGUACUUCUUCCUGCGCCACUUCUCGCUGCUGGAGGUGGGUUUCACAUCCACUGUGUCUCCGCAGAUGCUGGCACACCUGUUGGCGGCGCGCGGGGCCAUCUCCCGCCACCGCUGCUUUGCGCAGAUGAUUCUCUACUUCACCCUGGGCGCAGUGGAGGCCCUGCUGCUGGCCGUGAUGUCCACCGACCGCUUUCUGGCCAUCUGCCGGCCCCUGCGCUACCCCGCCCUCAUGACGCCCCGCGUCUGCUCCUCCUUGGUGCUGGCCUGCUGGGCAGUCACCCUCCUGGCCCUGCCUGGGCUCUUUGCCUGGAUGUUAUCUCUCCCUUUCUGUGGCCCGCGAGUCCUCAAUCACUUCUUCUGCGACAGCUCCCCUUUGCUGGAGCUGGUGUGUGCAGACACCAGGCUUCUGCAGCUGGUGGCCUUCCUGGUGGCUGUGUGCACCCUGCUCAUUGCUACAUUGAUCACAGCCUUGUCUUAUGGCUGCAUCAUCAGCACCAUCCUGCGCCUGCCUGCAGCUGGGGCUCGCAGUAAGGCCUUUUCUACCUGUUCUUCCCACAUCCUGGUGGUGUCGAUGAGCUAUGGGAGCUGCAUCAUCAUGUACCUGAACCCCACCCAGACAGGGAGGCUGGACCUCAACAAAGGAAUAGCUUUCUUCAACACGACAGUGUCACCCCUGCUGAACCCUUUCAUCUACUGCCUCAGGAACCAACUGGUCCACACGGUGUGCAGGGAUUUGCUGCUCAGGAGUAGGGAGCUUUCUUCCAAGAUAUUCAGAGCAUAAGACUGCAAAGCUGUGCUCUUGCUGUAUCGGCAUUGUUACUGCUUUGCUUAUUAGUUUUUGUGGAUGUGUGUGUUUUGGUUUUCUGUGGCUUGAACACAGGGACUGUGCUCAUGGUGAGGCCAAGUGCUUCACGAUUGAGCUACACCCUCAGCCCUCUUUUCCUCUGUUAUUUUCAAACACUCUCAAGAAGUUGCUGAAUUAAAGCUGGCCUCGAACUCACACUGUAGGUGAUGAAGGUCUUGGCAUCUCCAUCCUCUGGCCUCCGUCUCCUGAGUGGCUGGAAUUGGCAUGAGCACCAGGCCUGGCUGGUGGAAUCAAAGUGGAAUCAUUUAUUUCCUUUAUUUUUAUUUGUUUGUUUUAUUUUAUGUGUC